AUGCCCAUCAGCAACACCAGCGCCCGAAUACCGACGUCAUAUGCAACAUGCAGCAUUGGAUACAAGGAUUCUCACACGUUACCUCUCAAGCUCAAAGCCAUUGCAGAUGCCGGAUUCGAUGCAGUCGAGCUGUCCAUGCCGGACAUCAUUGCUUACGGCAAGAUGCUGAAUGGGCAGGAGCCUGACCCCAAGGAUUAUAACGCCCUGGUGGAGAUCGGGAAGCAGAUCAAGGCCCAGACAACGGAACACGGCCUGGAGAUACUGAUGCUCCAGCCAUUCGCCAACUUCGAAGGGUGGCCGAAAGGAAGCAAGAAGAGGAAAGAGGCCUUCGACCGAGCCAAGGGCUGGAUCCGGGUCAUGGAGGCCGUGGGCACCGACAUGCUGCAGGUCGGCUCGUCGGACGCGCCUGGCAUCUCGUCAUCCUUUGAUGAGCUGGCCGCUGAUCUGGCUGAAUUAGCAGACCUCAUGGCCGAGAAGGGUUUCCGCAUUGCCUAUGAGAAUUGGUGCUGGGCAACCCACGCGCCGGCGUGGCAGGACGUGUGGGAGAUAGUCCAGAAGACGAAGAGGCCCAACAUUGGCUUAUGUCUGGACACGUUCCAGAGCGUCGGGGGUGAAUGGGGGAAUCCGACUACCAAAUCUGGGCACAACGAAGGAGUUACCAGGUCUCAGCUGGAAUCAAAUUGGAGCAAGUCCCUCGCACAGCUCGCAACGACGGUUCCCGCGGACAAGAUCUACCUCCUCCAGAUCUCAGAUGCCUACAAGAUGGACCCCCCUAUUGAGCCCAAAUCUGAUAAGGAUGGCCUACGUCCGCACGGUCAAUGGAGUCAUGACUAUCGGCCACUGCCCUAUGACGGAGGGUAUCUGCCUAUCGUGGAGUUUCUCAACGCAGUUUGGGAUACAGGGUUUCGAGGCUACUUGUCCAUGGAGGUCUUCGACCCUAAAGGACAGGAGAAAUACCCAGACAUGGGCGCAUACGCCAAGAAGGCGAUGGAUUCCCUGCACAAGAUGCUACCAUGA